AUGCCCGGUUUUGAAGCCUUGUCGCUCUCUAGAGCACUCAGACGUAAGCAAAAGCGAGACAAGGAGAAGACCGUCCAGCGUUCUGAUCGCACUGCAUCAGCGCACUGCAAUGACGAUGUGAGCAGUUCGGCCAACAGUCGAUCACUAGCGUCGAUGCGAGCUCUAGCAGGAUCACAAAACCUCGCAGCGAGUCGCUCGAGUACGUCCCUGCCUGCCCGUAGUCGUGCAGAUUCGCUGUAUGCUUCGGAUACAUACUCGUCAGCUGCCGGCUCCGCAUUCAGCUCGGAAGACGAUGACUCGGAUGCAGACAGACACAAUGGCGUUUCAGCACCUUACAUUGAAGCCAAGAUCAAUGCGCGCGUCAACGGCCCGACCGCCCAUGGGCGUCUGCGACCCGCUGCGCGUACAGCGAAUAUACCAAGACCGCGCAGCAUGUAUGAAUUAGAUGCUGCUGAUAGAGCCACGCGACGGAGGCCUGCCGAGAAGAAGCACAAGGACGCAAAGAAAGCUGAAGAUCGUCAGAACAGGACGUCAGUUACCGAACGAGAUCGUGGUUCGCAUACCAGAAAGAGCGCGAGACAACCGGAGAGCUUAGACAGCGCCAGGUCCGGCCGGACCAAAGCAUAUAGCGCGAUAGCCACACGAGAGGACACGAUACAAGAGAACUCGCCUUCCUCGAACAGGUCAAGUCUAGCUGGCUCCACAACCUCCAGCGUCGCAGCCGGUCUGAAGCGCAGUAUUUCGUUGUCAUCUCUAAAGUCAAGCAAGUCGGCAAGAUCCUAUCGCUCGACCAGAAGCAAGUCAUCGCAGUCUGUAAAACACGAGCAAGCCAAGCAGCGGCUCAAGUCCACCAUCUCGGGCCCUAUCGAGGCGCGCUUUGAGCGCACAGACGACCCCUUGUUCGAGCAGAAGUCGCUGUCCGACGAUAUAAGUCGAGACGAGCCACACAAUGCGAGCGUGCAUGCUAUGGCGACGAGAGGCAAUUUAUCCUCAUUCGAUGCAGGGAGAUCGUCUCCAUCGCCCGAGCACUCGUCGUCCAUAGGUCAAGCAGCCUCUUUCGACAUUCUCGGUCACGAACUCAAUCACAGACUCUCCACAGAUGUACUGGUGCCACGCUCUGUCUCAUCCAGUAAGCCUUCGCACGGCAGCGAAGAAGAUAUUCUAGACAUAAGAAUCAAAGCAUUAGGAUCCAUGAAGCAUGAAUCAGUCGGCGAGGGGUGCCUAUCGCUCGCUGAGCUGCAUGGAGAGACGCAAGAGAGGCCAUAUGGAGCGCAAGAGCCGCGAUCUGGCUACACCGGUAGUCAUGCGAUCAUUCGCCCAACCUCACGUAUCUCAGCUCUCGGCAUAGAUCGGUCGCUGUCGAUGGAACCGUCCGUUUCGCUGCCCGUCACAGCAUCCCCGCUGAUCUCUUCGGCGUCAAGCCUUGAGUAUAGUGCCAUGACAGCCACGGAAGUACCCGAGACGAACUUUGCACAACUAGUUCAGGAGCGAAAUUGCUAUCAUCCAAGCUCCGUCGACUGUGCCCCUCCAGCUGAUCACUUGAGAAGCUCGAGAUCAGCUGACCCAUCCGUCACGAGCGCCUCACGACGAGUCAUUCGGACGCCAAGGACAUCUGCGCCUGAUCUUGUGUGCUCCCGGACCGCGCACUUAGACACCACUCGCGACCUGCACGCUUCAGCGGCCGUCUACCGUUCGACCGUGGGUGCAAGCCCGCGAUCGCCAAGUGUGUCGGCUACGCAAAGCAGGACUGCAAGUUCACACAAGCCGAGGUUGCAGUCUAUCACUGUUGAUAAUCUCGCGUCCGAUAUUGAGGCAAUCGUGCAACAUGCUGAUGACCAAGUCCUCGUCAGGAGUUUGCUCGGUGACAUACUCAAUAGGGUUGCUCAAGGGCAGCUUGACCGGUCGCAUGCCCUUACACAUCAAGAUCUUGCCAGCGCCGAAGAAGACGUCGAGCUCGACACGUCUCUACGUUUGUCGGGUGGUUGGCGUGAACGCUAUUGUCCCUCGGUGCCUGAGAGUGUUGCCUCUUCUCCGAGAUUACAUUCGACCGAGACGCAGACUUAUCUUGACCUUGACGACGCUUGGCUCGAGCCGCAGGGUAUCAACGCGUGCACAAGGAGCAGGAUAAACACUGACGGCAGCGCAAUACCUAAGAAUGACUACUUUGAGCCUCGAUCCGCGAUUUCAACUCCAUCUCUUACCUCUUCGUCUGAUCUCUCCUCAGAUCCCGGCUCGCCCUAUCAAAUGGCGCGCCAAUCGCGCACUCCUGCUUCGCGCGCCAGAGACGCUCAAGUGCGAACAGAAGCAAUGCGCACAGCCCUCAAAGGCGCCUGUCGACCCUUCGAGCUUACUUUGGGCAGUAAGAUGUGCUGGGAUGCGCGUGACAGCCUUGCAGACGGGCUUGGCGCAGCUGUUGCCGCUUCCAAUACGCGACAAGCGCUCUUGGGGGGGAGAGGCGUCAGCGUGAUGAACAUGGAUGGAGCUGCGCUGUACAACGCUGGUUUUGCACCACCCUUGGCACUGUCGGCAGCGUUGCGCGAUCGGCGCAGCUCAGAUGACAGCGAUACGUUACCUUCACCAAAUCCUCGCUACUCAGGCUUUCCUGGUGGCCAAUCAACGAUGCGCAGCCCACUCGAGAACCUCGCACUUACAUUGGCCGGUAUGCAGCAGCCUAGCGGAUCCACUGGCUUGCCAUCGGCCAUCGCCGCCGGACCUAGCUCAACGUCUGGGAGCACGACUGAGCGCUCUGCUGGUGACAGCUCGACUGAUCAAUCUGUGCAUUCAUCCAUGACUGGCAGUGCUUCGACAACGCGAACCGAUACAGCCAUCGAUAUUCCCCGACGCGGUGGCUCACUCGACCUGAGCAGAUCUGAACCGAUCUCCACAUACCCCACAAAGUCUAUACAUGAGCCUGUACGAGAAAGCGAAGAACCUGAGGAGGAAGCAGACCACGCUGGACCAGUGGCGCAUGAAGAGGUCGAACCAGCACCGCGAAUCUACAACGAGCGGCCUACCUCGAUGUGGUCAAGCGGUUUCGGCGCCUUGAAGGCUAUCGGGAGUACGGCCGCUUCCGUGAGCACGGGAUGGGUAUGGGGCGCUGGCGACAACGGAAAGUCGACCGAUGCGUCGGAAUUGAAUGAUAAGGACGGAUCAGAGCUGCGCGGCUGGAUGAAAGAUAGCAUGCGCGAAGCUGCUCGUACCGAGACUCUUCGAGUCCCCGGAGGGUUCAGUAGCGGACAUUCGACACCCGGCGCCCCAUCUCCUGCGAUGACCGCUACUGAACUGACAGACGCGAACGAUUUCGAUCAUGACGACGAUAUGCUUUCGCGCGAUUCCUCUAGAGCCAAUGCCCGCGAAGUUGAAGAUCCAGACAAGCAUCUGGUCACUGAAACUCCUUGGGGUACAAUACACGGUAUGCUGCCACCUGGCUUCCAUGAAGAGUUCGCAAAGGCCAUGGAAGAGCUCUCUCAGCAGGAGCAUAUGCCGCAAGCAGCGACCGCCGCAACAGAAACGCAUACUUCGGCUCCGCCGCCACAGGACAGUGAUCGCUCAAGUGAUUCGCUAGCGACUGGACGACGAGAUCGUGAAUCCCCGGUCGCCAGACAGCCGAUCGUGUCCAUGACGAGCUCAUUAAGCCAAUCCAGAUUGUUCGGUGGUCAGACCGAGGGUGGCCGCGCUACGGUUGAGCCUGACCGACUAUCCGUUGACACUGAGCCAUCCCGAAGAGAUUCGCUGUCCUCGUCAAGCCCAUCGAUGACCAGCAAUUCUGUUAGAUCGCCUGUCGAAUCCGUCGCCGGUUUGCCACGCCCCGGCGAUCUGCGACACUCGUCCAGCUUUGCAUCCAACUUGACUGCCAGUAGCUCACCGUCAUCCACGCGCUCUGGCUCGAUCAAGAAGCUCGGCUCUAUCUUUGGACGUAAAGAGCGUUCGCCGAGUAUUGCUCUGCCUGCCGACGUGCCCGAAGAUGACGACGACGCAGACUACGUUGACUAUUCGAUCGGGCGAGCCAUCGGAGCUGGAGCGUCUCGCUCACCCUCGUCAGCCACGGGCGUUCUAGCGGAUGCAGCGACGCUCACUGCUAGCAAGGGGGAACGUCGAUCAAGCCUGCGGCGAACCUCGCGAUACGCGGCCGCUACGCCGCGCGACAAGACCUCCUCCAUCUCAGAGGAAGGCGAAAGCAAGAAAGCGUAUGGCGUCAGGUUUGCCAAUGCGACGCGCGGCCUUGGUUUGCGUCAGGUGGCAGAGAGCGAGGCCGAUCACGCGGGAGGUGAAGACUUUGCGCUUCGCUGGGUCGGCAUCGGCCGAGGACGGUAUGGUAAUCUGGUCAUCGAAGAGCAAUCGGAGGAAGCCUAUGCCCAGCAAGUCACAGAAAUCAAGAGCAAAUGGGACCCAUACAACAUGCUGACACUCGCUGUACAGGCUGGAGCGAGGUUCGCAUCGACUGAAUGCGCACAUACAUCUCCCCCACGCUGUACACAUAGUCGCAACGCUUGCGACAUAAUUCUAUUGCACUCGUCUUUGCCUGCGAAGUUGUAA